GUAAAAUUUUGACAUGUAGUGAAAAAUUUUUGGUCUUUUGAAUUUUACUAAGGAUUCAGAAAAAUGGCAAGUCGUAGAGCAGGUUACCACCUCGAAGCUAGAAUGAUUCGUAAACGUGAUCAAGAAGCCGAUCGUUUACAAACUUGGAACUCACAAUGUAAGUAUUACGAUCAAUAUACAAGAAGCAAUGAAAAAUUUCAAAGCUGGACUUCUCCUGAAAUGAAUGCUAAAUGUUUAAAAAAAUAUGAAGAAAUGGAAGAGCAGAAAAAGAAGUCAAGAGAAAUGGAAGAAGAGCGUAAUAAACGCGAUUUAUUACUAUUCGAACAAAAACAGAGGGAAGAAAUCGAAGCACAAGAAGAAGCAAGAAAACGAAAAGAACGUUUUUAUAGAAAUAAAGAAAUUCCAUUAGAUGUUUUACGUGAUAUAAAUCAAGAUUUGAAAGCUAAACAAGAAGCAGCACGACGUAUAGAAGCCGAAAAAAAAUUAUAUCAACAUUGGCGAAUAAAUAAUCCAUUCGUUAGAGAAACUGAAAUGAAUCAGAGACAGUCAAAUUUAAAAGUUGCUUGGUUAGACGCUCAAAUUGAAAAACAAAUGGCAAAAGAAAAGGAAGAAGAAGAAAUGAAAAGAUAUUUAAAAGAAAGAGAAAAACAAAUUAAAGAGGAAGAAGAGGCCGAAAAGAGGUAUGAAGAGACUUUAGCUGAAAAGAAAAAAGAUAUUUACGAAGUCAUACACAAGCAAAUGGAAGAAUUAAAAAAGAAAGAAGAAAUGACAGAGCUUCUUCGCGAAGAAGAAGCUGCGGAAAUUAGGAAAAAAAAUAUUUAUGAUGAAAUUGAAAGGCAGCGAGAAGAAAUGCAAAUGAAACGUUCGAGAUUAGAACAUGAUUUAUACAAUUUAAAUCAAUAUAGAUUAAAAUUAAGAAGGCGUGCUAAAAUUAUUGCAGAUGAUGUAGCCGAAGAAAAGAAGUUAUUAGAAGACGUUUUAAAAUUGCAAGAAAAUGACUCCAAAGCAGAAUAUUCCAAAAAACUUGAACUGAAACAAUCAUUACAAACAGCGAUUGAACGUUUAAAAGAACAACAAAAUUUAGAACUAAAAAGACAAGAGUUUAUGGGAAUGGUUUUUGAUUCAGAGGCAAAAGCAAUUUGGCAAAAACAGGAAAAUGUUUGGAAACAAGAACAGAAACAACGCGAUGACUUAUUUCGUGAUGUUUUAGAUACAAUUAAAAGACAAAUUGAUGAAAAUGUACAAAAUAAAAUAAAACAACAAAAGCAAUUAGUGGAAGAAAAGGAAAAUAUGUUGCGUCAAAUUGAAGAAGCAAAUAAUGAAUUACAAAGAGAGCGAGAAGAAAUUGAAAGAAAAAAGAGUGAACGCAAAAAAGAACUAGACGCAUGCAUUCAGAAUAAAGUAUUACAUGAAAAACAUGCGGAAUUAAAAGAACAAAUCGAAAGAGAAAGGCAAAUUGAAAAAUAUAAACAGGAAGAAGAAAGAUUACGAAAAGAAAUAGCUAGAAUUCAAUUAGAAACAAGUCCAGUAAAACCUGUUCAUUUUCCUAGACGUCGAAUUGUUUGGUAAUGUUCAAGUUGUCUAAGAAUUGUAAAUCAUGGAUGAAGAAUAAAUCUUUUUUGUUAGUUUCUUUUUAAAUUUUGUUUUUAAUUUUUUCUACAUAAAAAAGAUAUCUUUUGAUUG